AUGGUUGGAGAAACCGGAUCAUCCCAAAGUGGAAAGUUCACCAUUUUCAACUGUUUAGAUGGGGGUUCAGGAACAUUAGCACGCAUAGUAAAAGAAAGUGUGAAACUUUACACAUACAACAUCAGAACACUUCACGUUGAAGUAGCAAGAAACAACGCAAUCGAAGCAUCACUAGCAGAUGCAAUUUCACAAGGCAUGGAAUCCAAAGCUGCUGCAAAACAAGCCCAAAAAGAUGGAGCGAAAGCUGCAAAAAUGGCAACCCGGAAAGCUAAACGGAUCAUUGGCCCGAUUAUUUCUUCCGGGUGGGAUUUCUUUGAAGCCAUUUAUUAUGGAGGAACUGUGACUGAAGGGUUUCUUGGGGGUACAAGAAUAUUGUUUGGGACUUAUUUUGUUGGUUAUUUAGGGGAAGAAAGGUAUGGGCGUCUUGGGUAUUUGGUUGGAAGUGAAUAUUGA